UCAUCAUCGUUGUUGUUGUUGUUGUUAUUUACUCGGCAUUCGUAUAAAGUAAAAAUAUAAAUAAUUUGUGUUCUUCGGUGUUGUCUCGUGUAAGUGUCUAUAAUUUGUUUAACUACGACAAGCGAUCUGCAAGAAGCAAGACCAAAAGCAAAAGCAAGACCAAAAGCAAAACCAAAAGCAAAAGCAAAAGCAAUCAUAACAUUUAUCGAUAUACAAUUUCGAUAUGGCAAAUGAUCAAUUCUGUGCGCAACGAUUCGAAUGUCAACUAUCUAAGCAAUCGUAUAGUCAACAACAGCAACAACUACAGGAGCAGCAAAACCUGCAGCAGGCCCAACAACAAGAAGAAGAGAAAGCUAGUAACGCCUAGCAGCUGAAAAUUCUCCAUUGGCGAUUCCCUUUCAAAACCCAAUUGGGAAUUUCAUUUGAUUAAAAAGUUCACACCAUUGUCGGACACUCAAAAAGAAAUUACUUACAAACUCCACAACCAGUUGUUUAAUAUAAAAAAAACACAAUUAAUAUAAAUAUAAAGAAUACAAAAACGCUCGGUUUUUAUUAACUUUGUUAGGAAAUUUGUUGAAAACAAAACAAAACAAAAAUAUAAAAAAAACAUAAAAUAAAAAAAUUAUAUUUGCCAUAUAUAAAUAGCAUUUAAAUAGUAAGUAAAUCAGAGUCAGUAAAUAAAUUAAAUAUAAACCCUACGACACACACUCAGCAUAUACAUUUAAAAUCUAAGCCCAACCUACGACGAACAAUACUCGUGCUGACCGCAAUAACAAAAAUAUUUAUAACACGGAUAUUAAGUAAAUUUAUGCAAAAUAGAAAUGUUACAUUUCCGCAACUUGGUAAAUAAAAUAAAACAGCAACACAAUAACAACAGAAAUCCAAACAAUAACAAAAGCCACAAAAUGCAUCUGCAAAGUGCAAAAACACUAGCCCAAAGUUAUGGAUGGAUGCAAGUCUUCCUACUACUGACACUCUUCGUGAUUGGUAAUCAAAGUGCCUGGCAGGAGAAUAUACGACCAAAACUUUAUGUGGAAUUAGGUCCCGAUGAUAUACUGAAAUUUCUGGGCAACGAGAGUGUCGUGGAUCACUUCAAGCUCGUCACCAAGGAUGGCAACAGCCUGCUCAUCGGUGCCAGAAAUACCGUAUUUAAUUUAAGCAUACAUGAUCUCGCGGAACAGCAACGUCUUGUAUGGACGUCGCCGGAGGAUGAUACCAAAAUGUGUCUCGUAAAGGGCAAAGAUGAGGAGGCCUGCCAGAACUAUAUUCGGAUUAUGGUUGUGCCCUCGCCGGGUCGCCUGUUCGUCUGCGGAACCAACUCGUUCCGGCCCAUGUGCAACACGUACGUCAUCAACGACAGCAACUACACGCUGGAGGCCACAAAGAACGGUCAGGCGGUGUGCCCCUAUGAUCCGCGCCACAACUCCACCUCCGUGCUGGCGGACAACGAAUUAUAUUCAGGCACUGUGGCCGAUUUCAGCGGCAGUGAUCCGAUUAUCUAUCGUGAGCCUCUGCAGACGGAACAAUAUGAUAGCCUCAGUCUCAAUGCGCCAAAUUUUGUGAGCUCAUUUACUCAGGGAGAUUUCGUGUAUUUCUUCUUUCGGGAGACGGCGGUGGAAUUCAUCAACUGUGGCAAGGCGAUUUAUUCGCGCGUCGCACGCGUCUGCAAAUGGGAUAAGGGCGGCCCGCAUCGUUUCCGCAACCGCUGGACCUCGUUCCUUAAGUCCCGCCUGAAUUGCUCCAUACCGGGCGACUAUCCGUUCUACUUUAAUGAGAUACAAUCGGCCAGCAAUCUCGUCGAGGGACAGUACGGCUCCAUGAGCUCCAAAUUGAUUUAUGGCGUUUUUAAUACGCCAACAAAUUCAAUUCCCGGCUCAGCGGUUUGUGCUUUCGCCUUGCAGGACAUCGCCGACACAUUCGAGGGACAGUUCAAGGAGCAGAGCGGCAUCAACUCCAACUGGCUGCCAGUGAAUAAUGCCAAGGUGCCCGAGCCGCGCCCUGGCGCCUGCCACAAUGAUUCACGAACGCUGCCGGAUCCCACAUUAAAUUUCAUCAAAACACAUUCGCUAAUGGACGAGAAUGUUCCGGCAUUUUUCGGUCAACCGAUUUUGGUGCGGACGAGCACAAUUUAUCGCUUCACACAAAUUGCGGUAGAUGCACAGAUCAAAACUCCCGGCGGCAAGACAUAUGAUGUGAUUUUCGUUGGCACAGAUCAUGGUAAAAUCAUUAAGUCCGUAAAUGCCGAAUCAGCGGACUCUGCGGAAAAGGUCACAUCGGUAGUCAUCGAGGAGAUCGAUGUGCUGCCCAAAAGUGAGCCCAUACGCAAUUUGGAAAUUGUGCGAACCAUGCAAUACGAUCAACCGAAAGAUGGCAGCUACGACGAUGGCAAAUUAAUCAUUGUCACGGAUAGUCAAGUGAUAGCCAUACAACUGCAUCGAUGCCACAACGACAAAAUCACCAGCUGCAGCGAAUGCGUCGCAUUGCAGGAUCCAUAUUGCGCCUGGGACAAAAUUGCUGGCAAGUGUCGCUCCCAUGGCGCGCCACGUUGGCUGGAGGAGAACUAUUUCUACCAGAAUGUGGCCACCGGUCAGCAUGCGGCCUGCCCCUCAGGCAAAAUCAAUUCAAAGGAUGCCAAUGUGGGUGAGCAGAAGGGCUUCCGCAACGACAUGGAUUUGCUGGAUUCGCGUCGUCAGAGCAAAGAUCAGGAAAUCAUAGACAAUAUUGAUAAGAACUUUGAAGGUCCCCAAAUCUCUGCAGAUAUUAUCAAUGCGCAAUAUACAGUGGAAACUCUGGUAAUGGCCGUGCUGGCCGGUUCGAUAUUCUCGCUGCUGGUGGGCUUCUUUACGGGCUACUUCUGUGGACGGCGUUGUCACAAGGAUGAAGAUGACAAUCUGCCGUAUCCGGAUACGGAAUAUGAAUACUUUGAGCAGCGUCAAAAUGUGAACAGCUUUCCAUCGUCGUGCCGCAUACAGCAGGAACCAAAGCUGCUGCCCCAGGUGGAGGAGGUGACGUAUGCGGAACCGGUGCUGCUGCCACAGCCGCCGCCCCAAAACAAGAUGCACUCGCCAAAGAAUACACUGCGCAAGCCACCCAUGCACCAGAUGCACCAGGGUCCCAACUCGGAGACGCUUUUCCAGUUCCAACCGGACGGUUACAAUACCCAGCAAACAUAUCGCGGACGCGACAACUUCGGCACGUUGCGCUCGCAUCAAGUGAUGGGCGACAACUAUAGACGCGGCGAUGGCUUUUCAACCACUCGCAGCGUCAAGAAGGCUGUAAACAACACAAACACACGAAACAGAAGUCUUGGUCGAGCAAGAAGACAGCCGCCCCGUCAUGGUAUUGUAACUCAACACCGUUCAAAUAGCCCGCAGCAGCAACAGCAGCAGCAACAACAACAACAGCAGCCGCACUCCAGCUCCGGCUCAUCGCCCGUAAUGUCGAACAGCAGUUCGAGUCCAGCUCCGCCAUCAAGCAGUCCCAGUCCGCAAGAGAGCCCCAAGAACUGCAGCUACAUUUACCGUGAUUGAUUGAUAUGUAACACCAAAUCGAUGCCACUCAUCCAGGCGUUGCCCACGCCUACGCCUACGCCCACGCCUACAAAACCAAUGCACCAAGCACAGGAGCAGCAGCAACCGCACGAGCAAGUGCUGGCCAACAGCAAGCAGCUUGCCAAGUCUAUGCCCGUAACGCCCAUACAGCCGCAGUCACCCACAGAUCCGCAGACUGCCCAUUUCAUGCUCAUGCCGCGCUCGCCAUCGUACGAGUUGUACGAGGCGCGACCCGCACUCUUUCGGCAUGCCCACUCCGAUGCCACAUUCCAAAUGCAACACUACGACGACGACGAAGACGACAAUGAUGACUUGGAUGACGCCGAUGUAGACACAUCAUCAUUGGCCAUGAUUACGCCGCCGCCGCCCUACGACACGCCGCAGCUGGCAGUAGCUGGUGCGAGUGCCGCCUCCACCUCCAACUCCGCGCCGCCGUUGCCGCCGCCGCGUAGAUUUCGUUUCGGCAAUCGCGAGCUGUUCAGCAUGAGUCCCGGCACGCCCAAAUCCAAUGCCAUAACGCCCACAAAACUGAGCGCCGCUGCUGUCGCAAUGUUUGCGACGCCGCAAAUGGCCCAGCUGAACCGAAAGUGGGCGCAUCUGCAGCGCAAGCGUCGGCGGCGCAACAGCAGCAACGGCGACUCCAAGGAGUUGGAUAAGCUCGUCCUGCAGUCCGUCGAUUGGGAUGAGAAUGAGAUGUAUUAGCGGCUGACCCUUUAAUCGAUUCACAUUUGACAGUCCAACCCCUAAACUCCUAACUGUACUUGUAGCAAUCUUAACAUAUUUAUAUAUAUAGAUAUAUAUGCCUGCCUAUAUAGCUCACAAAUCGUGUCGGUAGCAUGUCAAAUUUGUAUUUUCUGUAAAUUAAAUUAGCCUGCGAUACACACAUACACACACACACCUAUGCAAUGGCAGACCCCACACACAGUCACGUAGAAUGUUUGGAGUUUAUAUAUACUUAUAUAAUUUUUGCCAAUUUUAGAUGCGACUUUACAUAAAUAUUACAAAGUGCAGAGGCAUUCGUAUAGUGAAAAUAGUGAACUCAAUCGAUCAAAGUGUAAAAGCAGUUAUAUAGAUAAGGGUUGUCUUUAAAAUCAUAGGGUAUUGGAAUACAAGGAAACUAAAUUAAAAACCAUUUUAUGAUCUAUUUAUUUUAUAUUUAUAUUACAACAAAAUACAUCAAUUAUUCAGUUUGAACUCUUUGCAACAGACAAAACAUUAAGACGACUUAUUUUAAUUACUCAUGUAAUUAAGAUAUUUAUUGACCCAAUAAUUUUGUUGCCUUAAAGAUAAUGUUAAUGUUCUUGACUUAUAUUUCCAAAAACUAUAUAUUUCUCAUCAAUCAUAAAUUAUAUAUACCAUAAAUUGUUUAAUGGAAUUUGAGGAACGGCUUUUAAGGACAACCCUCGGACUAAAUAAACUGAAAUAACUUGCAUAUUGAACUGGGCUGACUUAGCUAAGAUUUAUCCAAAUGGCUUGAUGGCAUAAGGAACAGUGACAGUUACAAUUUCUUUUUGUUUGCUAACGCUUAUGUAUGAAUCUAAGGACAUACUUAAAGCAUAGGGGGUAUACGCGUUUACACCCAACUAUACUUAGUCGCAGUAAAGUGAAUAGUUUGCAUUUUUGAAAUUAUUAAAGAUUUAUGAUAUAUCUACACAAGCAGCAGCAAAAAAAUAAAAAACAAUGAGAAUUAUACACAAGAUUUAUAAAUAGUUAUAUACAUAAUAUAUAUACACACAUUUACUGAGAGCUGCUAAUUAUACGAUUAUGCAUAAGUGUGAGUAGGCAUCAACAGAACUUUGUUGUGAACAAAAACUCAAGAACUAUGAACAGAAGUAAAAUUAUUGUUAAUUAAUACACCCACACAGACACACUGACAAACGGCAGAUGGCAUGUAUUGCAUGAAAAAUACUCGAGAAUUAGCAAA